AUAUUUAAUAAAUUCUAGGCUAAUUAACGACGUGAAAGUAGUUUUCGCUAUCAAUCAAUAAAUAAAUUUUGGCCGCUGGCAACCUAACACAAAGGAUCCGCAAGAAAGCCCGAAAUUUGGGGUAGGGAGCUAGUCGAUUACAGCAACCCUAGUGUACAACUGGCACUUAUUUUAUCGACACCAAAAGGAUGAAAGGCAAAGUCGACCACCACGGAAUUAAAACCGCUAAGCAUUACAAGAGCAUUACAACACAGUUUUCCCAAGCGGUCACCCAUCUAAGUAUUCAGAAGGUUCCACGUUGUUUAAGUUCGGUAAACGGACGAGAACCGGCACAUUCAACGUGGCUGUAAUAAUAAGAACAGUUUUAAAACAUUUAUUCACAUUUUCUAAAUAGCAGCGUUUUGUCAGUGGUUCGUAGAAGUUGUUCUGCUUGACAUAACUGUUUCGUUUCGGUGUUCAAAGCAAACCAAUGCCUGUUUUAUACAUACCCCAUUCUUAUAUUAUUUUGUCAAAAUUAUUUCUGGUGCCAGAUAUUCUUUUAUCUCUUGUCUGAAAUUAGCGACCUUUCUGGAGGAAUUUCUACUUCUGUAUCAAAACUACAAGGGAAGGGACUCUUUCGAAGAUAUCAAAUGACAUUAAAUUGUACGAGAACCCAGGUUCGAAAUUUCCCUAAUACACCUGAUGAAGGCUGGAGAGUGUAUCAGCCGAAAUGUUGUGUUAACAAACAAGAUGAAGACAAAUAUCCCUCAAAUGUAAAUAAGAAUAUCAGAUGACAUUGGCAUAAUGAUCAUUUCUCCAUCCAGGCCCAUCAUCAAUAUUGAAUUGGCUUUUAAAGACUAAAGGAACAUGUUAUAGAAACCAGAUGUAAUACUGUUUCUAUAACUCUAUGGGGAAUUACAGAGGUGAACAGCGACAUUUCUCUACUUUACUGUCUGGAUUGUGUGCAACAUGAAUUUGUAAAUAGAUUUGAAUAAAUUUACAAAGUAAUUUGCUGCUUCUUCAGAUAUCAGUGAAGAUUGCAGUUGAUAGAAAAUGUAACAGUCAAAAAUAUUUGUAACAAAUAUAAGAGCAAAAACAAGAAAUCUAUGUGUAUAUUUUGGUGGAAGAAGAAAAGAUAAAGGAAAAUUAAUUAAUGUGAAGGACUUAUAAAAGGUUAAUUUUAAGUGAAGAUAUGCUGAAGAUGGUAGAAAAAUCACCGCUUUACUGUGAUAUCUGUGGUAAAUCAUUCUCUCAGAAACGGAACUUGAAUAACCAUAAAUGUAAUCGUUCAGAAGAGAAGCCAUAUCACUGUGAUACCUGUGAUUAUCCGAUGACAUUGCCACCCAAGACCUGAUACUUCAUCAAUAUUUCUCAUCUUUUUCUGACUAAGAAAACUAAAGGAAAAUAUACAAAAAAGUUAGUUUACUAAAUUCUUUGUUGUAUUUAAAAUUAACUGAAAGAAACACAGAGCAUCUCAACAGAAAUAUGGCAACAAAAGGGUUAAAUUAAAUGCUGACACUUUUACACAAAAACAAGUUCACAAUUUCUUCGGAUAUUGCCAAUGAUUGCAAUUGAUGAAAAUACAGCUGUGAAGAAAGAAUAAUUUGUUAAGAAUAAAAUGUGAAAAUGCAAAUAAGUAAAUAUUAUUUCUGAAUGAAGAUAGAUAACAGCAUUUCUCUUCAAUGAAGUAAAAAUUGCUUCUGAAUUAAAAUUAAUUUUUUUUUUUUUUUCUUUGCUUUCCACAAUCAUUAAAAGUUGAUUUAAACUCAGACAAAUUUUAUUAAUUAGUUUGUGUAGCAUCUUUGGACAUUGACCAAACUCACAGUUGUUGUUAGGAUUAAAACAAAAGAAAAAAAACAGAAAGAAGACAAAUAUCUUUAUACACUGUGGUGAAAGAAGAAAAGUUAUGGAAAAUGGAUUUUGUGAGGACAAAGUUGACUGUUUGUGUAGAAUCUUCGAUUAUUGACAACGAUUUCAAUUGAUGGAAAUAUAGCUGUGAAGGAAAAAUAAUAUGUAAAAAUACAAACUAGUAAAUAUUAUUUUAAAUUAUGAUAAAUAACAGCUAUUCUCUUCAGACAAGUAAUAUAACACCUGAAUUAAAAUUAAUAACGUUUUCCUUCUUUUCUCUUCGCAAUUUUUUCAAGAUGGUUAUGCUUUCGAAUUAAACUCAGACAAAAUUUAUUGGUUAAUUUUGUGUGACAUCUCCAGAUAUUGACAAAAAUUAUAGUUACUAGGAUUAAAACAAAAGACAAAACAGAAAGAAGACAGAUAUUUCUAUAUACUGUGGUGUAAGAAGAAAAAUUAUGGAAAAUGAAUUUUGUGAGGACAAGGUUGAAUGGAAAACACAAUCAGAAAUAAUUGGUCUCCAAGAUGUAAAGAAAGAGAAAGAAAAGACAUUAUAUGACUGUGAUGUGUGUGGUAAAUUGUUUUCUCAAAAAUGGAAUCUUACCGCUCAUAAACGUGCUCACACAGGAGAAAAACUGUAUCACUGUGACGUCUGUGGUGUGUCAGUAUCACGAAAUGACCAUUUAAUUGAACACAAACGUAUUCAUACUGGAGAGAAACCAUUCGAUUGUGAUACUUGUGGUAAAUCAUUCUCUGGAAGUAGUGACCUAACUAAACAUAAACGUAUUCAUACAGGAGAAAAAUCAUAUCAGUGUGAUAUCUGUGGUAAAUCUUUCUCUGAAACUAGUCACUUAACCAAGCACACACGUGUCCAUACAGGUGAGAAGCCAUAUCAUUGCAACAUCUGUGGUAAGUCAUUCUCUCAGAAUGAACACCUGACUAAACACAAACGCAUUCAUACCGGAGAGAAGCCGUAUCAGUGUGAUAUCUGUGGUAAAUUAUUUACUCAAAGUGGUGACUUAACUGUACAUAAACGUACACAUACAGGAGAGAAACCAUAUCAUUGUGAUAUCUGUGGGAAAUAUUUUUCUGAUGGUAGUCAGUUUACUAAACACAAGCGUAUUCAUACAGGAGAGAGGCCGUAUUUCUGUGAUAUCUGUGGUAUGUCAUUCGCUCAGAAGGAACAUGUAACUAAACACAAACGUGUUCACACAGGAGAGAAGCCAUAUCAGUGUGAUAUCUGUGGUAAAUCAUUCUCGCAAAGUGGUGACUUAACAAUACACAGACGUGUUCACACGGGAGAAAAGCCAUAUCAUUGUGAUGUCUGUGGUAAAUCUUUCUCCGAUCGAAGUCAGUUUACGAAACACAGACGCAUUCAUACAGGGGAAAAGCCAUAUUCCUGUGAUAUCUGUGGGGCAUCAUUCUGUCAAAAGGUACACUUAACUAAACACAACCGUAUUCAUACAGGAGAGAAGCCAUAUCAUUGUAAUAUCUGUGGUAAAUCUUUCUCCCAGAGUGGAGACUUAAAUAUACACAAGCGUAUUCAUACAGGCGAGAGACCAUAUCACUGUGAUGUCUGUGGUAAAUCAUUCUCUGAUGGGAGCCAGUUCACUAAACACAAGCGUAUUCAUACAGGAGAGAAGCCAUAUCACUGCAGUGCCUGUGGUAAAUCAUUCUCUGAAACUGGCCGCUUGACUAAACACAAAUGUAUUCAUGCAGGAGAGAAGCACCAUGACAACAAUAUCCAUGAUGUAUCGUUCUUUCAGGGAAAUUCUGUAGCUACUUACAAAUACAUUGAAGGAGAAGAGGCACCAUAUCACUCAUCAUCAUCGUUUUAACGUCCCCUUUUCUAUGCCUGCAUGAAUCCAACAGAACUUUUGCUGGGGCAGUAGAUUUUUUUCCUUCAGCUGGGUGCUUUUUCUGUUGCAUACCUUCCAAGUAAGGUAAUGUUUCCCCAUGACCAGACAUGUUUCCGCAAAGAUUGGAAAUGAAGAACAUCAUUUGCAUGUCAGUGACAUUCAUAUACAACUAUCAUGUAUUAUGGGUAUAUAUGUGGGUGUGUAUGUAUGUAUAUAUAUAUAUAUAUACAAGUAAAUUUUAUCUUAAUAA